AAAAUGUGUUUGGAUGUUGAGAUUUCUGUUGCAAGGAAUAUGGAGACACAAGGAGAUUAAUCUGUGAUGCUAUUUGUAUUAUUGUCCAUCAAACAUCUUACUGUGUCAAACUCUUGGUCUUGCACUCUUGAGAAGGGUCAACUGCUCACGAUAGAUCCAUAUCUAGUGAAGAGAAGUAAGCAACAUUUCCAUCACCUCGAAAACUAUGGAAUAGACCUGAUUCUUGGACGUAAUGGAUUCAUAUGGAUUGGUGAGCAUGUUGAAGCUAGAGACAGUAUGAUCAAGGAUCAAGUCAAUAAUUCUGAACAAGCCACAAGUCUUCAGGGUCGGGAACAAGAACAGUCUUAUACUCCUCUAGAGACACGGCAGAACAUAUGCAGAAUUGCCAAUGCUAUCCGUGUAUUAUCUACUUUAGGCUUCCAUGUAGAUGCAGAGGUCAUCAUGGAGACAGUUGGCCUAAGCAUCUCAUUGAAUAUCGAUAUACAUGAGAUGCUUGGUUCAGAGUUUCAUGUUCUUGUUGCAGAGAGGGAGGCGGAAAGGAGAAGCUCGUCAAAGAGGAAAAGGUGAUCUGGCAUAUCACCAGUAAACCAAGUGUUUAAGGAGCUUUCUUUCAAGAAAGUGUAACAAGUUUAUUUCAACUACUAGAAAAGGGAAACUUUGUAGGUUAUGCAGAAAACUUCUUUAACAUUUUAGGGGUUCCUGUAGCAUAAAUGAAUUGCAAAAGUUUUAUUAGAUUCUGAUUCGAUUGGAAGUGUAUGAAAUAUAAGAAAGGAUGACACUAUGUUUUGAAACAUUUGUUG